GCGCCUAAAUGUUGUCGACGCGGCGGUUGCGGGAGGCUCACCAUAAGCCAGUCAAGCUCCAUCUUCUCUUGACCUUCAACCAGCAAUUGACCAAACAACCAAUGCAAUGACAAGCUCAAUCCAAGCCCCUCGAAGGGCCACCACCUUGAUCUUCUCACUCCACCAACAGUCCUUCCGCCCCCUCUCCCAGCGACACCAAAUUCUACGUGCCAGCACCUUCAGAUCCUACUCAACUCAACCACCCUCCGAGAAUGUCGACGAAAAGACAAAAGAGCUUCCUCCCAAGGAACCCUCCCAACCAGACGAAGAUGGUAUCAAUGGUCCCAUCUCCACUCUACCUCCUCCCUUGAACCUCCCCGAGAAGGGCAACCGCUCUACACCCGGCCACCUCUUCCAAAUCGGUCGCGCAUACGGCAAAUUCUACUGGACGGGCGUAAAAGCAACAUGGGCGAAUCACAAGCGCGCAAAAGCACUGAAGACACGAAUCAUCGCCACAAACCGUGCUUGUGGUCUGCCAAAUAUGCCUAGACCAUUACUCGCUCACUUGGAGUUCUACUAUGAGAAUGACGGCAAGGGAAAAUUGACACGGACGGACUUCCAACUGCUCAUGAGAGAGCAAUACGAUUUCAGAAAGUUGCCGCCAUUUGCAUUGAUGGUUGCACUGUUUGGAGAGUGGUUACCGCUGAUUGUGCCGUUUGUGCCUUCUGCCGUUCCACGCACCUGUCGCAUUCCAAAGCAAAUCGAGGACAUGAGAAAAGGUGUCGAAGAGAGGAGAAAGAAAUCUUUCCGCGAGGGCUUGUCGACACCAAAGCCUGCAGAGAGCAGUGAUGAUGCUAUGCCUACCAGUGCUGCUGGAGGCAAGAAGGCUCUCCCAAGACUCUAUGUUUCUAUGCGCACCGCACAGCAUAUCGUCAAGAUGGGUAAACCACAAAUGAUGCAUGUCUCGAGAGCUCUGGGCAUAGGAGGAAGACUUUUCGACAGCUUGGGCGUUUCACAUCCUCUUUUUCCCGUCAAGUUGAUGAGGCAUUUGGGUUAUUUGCACAUUGACGAUGAGUUGCUGUUGAAGGAUUGGGUCUUGAGCCAUCUCACGCUGAGCGAGGAGGAAACUCGCAUAGCCUGUGAGGACCGUGGUAUUGAUGUUGUAGGCAGAGGACAGAGUGAGAUGAAGGAAGAUCUGGGCAAGUGGCUUGAAGGCAGAAAGAGAGACACUGGCGACUACGCAGAGAUCCUGAAGAUGCUGUUCACGAGGUAAGUCUGUUCUUUUCCUGCUCAGACUGAGUUGUGCUAACUGAACAUUACAGACCUAAUGUUUGGGGUCAAGCUCGCAUCGAAGCACCAGAGUCGACUAAUUGAGCUGACCAUUCGAAUCGCCCAACAUGAAUGUUCAUAAUGACUGUACAGUAACAAAAAUGCUCAGCGUAGACGAAUACACCGCAUCCAAUCCAGACCAUUCAAUCGUGCUUCCCCCCUGAUCUAUAUCACGU